ACAUACUAUUCUGAAGCACAACAAAUUGCUCCUUCCAGUUCAUCUCAACCAGCGCACAACCCUCUGGAGAAAGGCGGUUCUUCAGCAGCGGAGAUGUCGACACGAAACCCCAAAGACCGUGCUGUCAUCAGCACAAUCAAUAAGCUGGGCUGGGACCUGUUGAUCCAGUUCCGCACCAACGACAACGCCCCUUACAGCAACAGCACCCUUGUCAGCGGUCUCUCCACCUUCUCGGCCCUUACUAUGCUCGCCGGUGCAGCAGUUGAUCCCAAGCAACGCGAGAUGUGCGCUAAAUUCGGCGCCGGCAGCCUCCGCGACCUGCAAGCCACUUACCCGAGGAUGCGCCGCAUGCUCGAAUCCGACAAUGUGUUCCACUCGGCCAACGGGCUCGUGGCUGAAACUCAAGUCUGCCUCUCUCCACAAUACCAAGAUUAUCUGAGAGGGCUCAAGGUGGACGCUAAUCUACACUUCCGAGACCUGGCCGACAGCGUGGCUGAGAUCAACAAGUGGAUCUCUCGGACAACCAACCGCAGGAUCCCGUCGUUGCUGACAGCAGACGACCUGCGCGGCUCGGUCGUAGCUCUCAUCAACGCCCUGAUCUUCGCCGCCGCGUGGGCCGAGCCGUUCCAUCCGCGCGACACAGUCCGCUGUGCCCCUUUCUACCCCACGACAAAGAACGGGCUGAAAGCAACUGCCACAGUGGAUAUGAUGUAUAAGCACGGGAAGGAGGUGCUCGUCUACCAGGGCGAACGGUACACAGCCGUCCGCCUGCCCUACCACUGCACACCGCCAUCGGAGUGA